GAAAGCAAUAAAUUUAAUAUGUCUCUUACUCAAAUUUUUGCAUUUAUUCUAAUUUAUUAUUAUUUACAGGCUUAAUCAUGAAAGCAACGCACUUUUUUAGUUGAAAAAAAAUAUAUACAGAAUCGAGAUUUGAAAAAUAGACAGCCACAUCCAAAAGGUUUCCAUUGAAUGUGCUACGCAGUAAGGGAAAUACCGUAUUAAUAUGUUUUCUGCAAAGCUCAUAUGUUCUCUCUGUUCCUGGUCAACUUAAAACUCAUUUUGCACCGAGUUCUCAGAGAAAAAACUUAAAAAGAAUGGAGAAAAAACUGUCCAGUUCCAUUAUUUCAGAAAACCCUAUGUAUUCAGGGCUUCUAAAAAUGAUAUCCACUCUUAGACAUAUCUGCAUACAAAUUAUUAUUUUCUCUAAAAAUUUAUCAAAGAUUUCUAGGCUUUGUGCUUUAUUGUCCACAAGUUUCAGGAAAAAAGAAGAACCACCAGCAGCAGAAGAGGUGGACGGUUCAAAAUUACAAAAUAAUAAUUGCAAAUCUGAAUUCCUGGAAAUAUAUGGUGAAUAUUAUGGCUACCCAAGAGGAAAUAAUAGCAUUGAAGAGCUCAGAGCCACUGAAUUCAAGAGACUUAACGAGGCAAUCUACCUAGACCAUGCUGGGGCAACCUUGUACUCAGAGUCACAAAUGCAGGCCAUUGCAAGCGAUCUUACUACUAAUAUUUAUGGGAAUCCUCAUAGCCAGAAUGACAGCAGUGUUGCUUCUUCUGACAUUAUAUCCUCAGCUCGAGAAAAGGUUCUGGCUUAUUGUAAUGCUUCACCAAAAGAUUACAAAUGCAUUUUUACUUCUGGCGCUACAGCAGCCCUUAAGUUAGUUGGAGAGACAUUUCCUUGGAGUAGUAGUAGUAAUUACAUGUACACCAUGGAAAACCAUAAUAGUGUACUUGGGAUCCGAGAAUAUGCUCUCAACCAAGGUGCCACUGCUAUUGCUGUAGAUAUUGAAGACAUGAAUUGGGAUUCCAUAAAUCAAGAAUCUGAAUUUGGUUGCAAUAGACUGCCAAACUUCAAAUUCCACAGCCAACAGAGGCGUUCUAAGCAACAAUCUCAGAAUGAAAUGUUAAAUAAAGACGUUUAUCACUUAUUUGCUUUUCCAUUGGAAUGUAAUUUCUCUGGAGCAAGGUUUAACCUGAACUUGGUAAAGACAAUUCAGGAAGGUAGACAUGUGGAAGGCAUGGAGUCAGCUGCCAUUUGUAGGGGACGAUACAUGGUUCUUCUCGAUGCAGCAAAAGGCUGUGGUACACAACCACCGGAUUUAUCAAAAUUUCCUGCGGAUUUUGUUGCUCUGUCUUUCUAUAAGAUAUUUGGCUACCCAACAGGGCUUGGAGCACUCAUAGUUAGAAUUGAUUCAGCUCAAAAGCUACAAAAGUCAUACUUCGGUGGAGGAACUGUUGCUGCAUCAAUUGCAGAUAUUGACUUUGUAAGAAAAAGAGAACGCCUAGAAGAAUGGCUUGAGGAUGGUACUUCAUCGUUUCUCAGCAUUGCAGCUCUUCAGCAUGGGUUUAACAUUAUUAAUCAGCUGGGAAUAUCUGAAAUUGCCCGCCAUACAGGAUCACUGACUGCCUACACAAGCAGUAUGCUAGAAGCUUUGAGACACAGCAAUGGAGCACCAGUAUGUGUUCUCUAUGGCAAACACAGUUUUAAGGGUUAUCAAGGCUUGUCUUGUGCACAAGGUCCCGUUGUGACUUUCAACAUGAAACGGCUAGACAGUAGUUGGGUUGGUUAUCGUGAAGUGGAAAAGUUAGCAUCAAUUAGAGGAAUCCAAUUAAGGACAGGAUGUUUUUGCAACCCUGGUGCUUGUUCAAAAUACCUGGAGUUGACUAACAUAGAUAUGCAAUCUAACUUCGAGUCUGGACAUGUGUGUUGGGAUGAUAAUGAUAUUAUAUGUGGGAGGCCUACUGGAGCCGUCAGGGUGUCCUUUGGUUACAUGUCUACUUUUGAAGAGGUGCAGGCAUUUAUUAGCUUCAUUGAUGAGUUCUUUGUUUCAAAAACAUCCUCCUUUGAAAUUGGACAAAUGUCAAAAGGUUCGAUAGUACCAACUCUUGCAAAAGGUAGUUCAAGGACAAUUGCUACUGAGGAAAAGAUUUAUUUGGAUUCCAUCAUAGUGUAUCCAAUUAAGUCUUGCGCUGGUUUCAACGUAGAAGCAUGGCCACUUAGUGAAACUGGCCUCUUAUAUGAUCGAGAAUGGCUUGUGAAGAGUGUAUUUGGUGAAGUACUUACACAAAAAAAGGUACCAUCAAUGUGCUUGAUAAAAACUUUCAUUGAUCGUGCAAAAGGUAAACUUUUUGUGUCAUCUCCAAAUUGUGAGGAACGAUUGCAGAUCCUACUUGAAGAAGAUACAUAUUGUAGUUACAAAGAGGAUUUACGUCUUUGCGGUUAUAGGUCUCAAGGAAAGGGCUAUGGAGCAGAGGUGAACGAAUGGUUUAGCAAGGCUCUUGGUUGCCCAUGCAAUUUGAUUAGAAGGGAGAGCAACGGACUGUCAGGAUGUGUGGAGGCUAGAUAUGGAAGUAAAAUGAGGUCAAGAGAUAUGUUGCCCAAUGGGAAUGUAGGCAAAGAGCUAAGCUUUGUAAAUGACGGACAGUUGCUGCUCGUUUCCAAUUCAAGUGUCAGGGAUCUUAACAACAUAUUGCAAUCAAGAAAAAAGAUUGAAGGUGUCACAGAGAAUAAAGUUGCUCUGACCCGCAUUGAGGUUGACACAAUGAGAUUUCGCCCUAACCUUGUAAUUUCAGGUGCGAAACCGUAUGCGGAAGAUGAGUGGCAGGCUGUCACUAUAGGAAAAGAAUACUUUGCUGUAUUGGGAGGAUGCAAUCGAUGUCGAAUGAUUAACUUUGAUCCAGAAACUGGGAUUUCAAGCAAAAACGAACCUUUGGCAACAUUAGCUUCUUAUCGGCGCAUGAAGGGAAAAAUACUUUUUGGAAUUUUAUUGAUGCAUGAAAAGCAGACUUCUGCAAGAAACGCCAUUUUAGGAGAUUCGGUUGAUGAUACUGAAAAUUAUGAAGACAAGAUGUUGCUUAAAGUAGGAGAUCUAGUAAUUUCUGCAUAAUAAAGUCUUGUACCUGUCAAAUGGGUGUAGUUCAAAUGGUUAAGCAUGAUUAGUAAGGAUGAUGAUAUAUUCUUUGAUUCCACCAUCUUUGGAGGUAUAAUAAAUAAGGGAUGGGGCCAAAAUUGUAUCAUAGAUGACUUUAGUAGAAUGGAUACUCUUUUGUCCUUAACUCAUAGCUAUAGAAAUACAGCUUAGACUUGUGCUUCAAAUACCAACAAGUUGCAAUAAAAACAAUUUGAGAAUAGUAAGAAACCUCAAACAAAAAAGAAAAUAAAAAAUAGACCUAUUUUUUUAUCUUGAUGUUCA